AUUCGAGAUGAGUGAUUUCGGCAUUUACAAAUCUCGUAAAGAAUGACUGAUUUCAAAGAAAAACUGCUUGCAAAUCUGGAUAAAAUCAAUCAGCAUGAUAUUCGCCUACAGUAUGCGUCACAAACUGAUGACGAGAUUGAAGACAUUCUCUUUCAAAAGUACCACGAUGAGCUGAAUGGGAACAAAAAGUUCAAAACGGCCCUGGAUCGAAAGGGUGAGAAAGAUGGUGGUCCUUCGUUCGAUUCGUACCGCUACAUUCCGCGGUUUCACUUCGAUCUACCGAAGAGUGCUGAUUCGUUGGCGCAGAAGUUGCGCGAGGAAGCGCGCACGCUGUUCCUGCAGAAGCGCAGCAAGGAGCUACUGGACAACAACGAGUUCAAGUUGCUAUGGAGUCUGCUGGAGAAGAACCACACUCCACCGCUGCACGGCGAGGAACAGUACAUCAACUACGAGAACUACUGCAAGGUAGCUACGAUCGCUGGAGAAAAGUUUAAACGCUACCUUACGGCUACGACGUUCGCUCGGCUGCUGGCGUCCAGCAUGUACCCUGGGAAAAUCAGCGUGAUGUCGCUGUUCAACUACGCGAUGCGCAAAGUUUGGCUGCAGCAAACCCGCAUUGGCCUCUCGCUGUACGAUUACACCGGGCAGGGUUACCUGAGCGAGUCGGACAUGGAGUCGUACAUACUCGAACUAAUCCCGACAUUCCCGCAGCUGGAGGGGCUGGAGAAAUCAUUCCAUAGCUUCUACGUGUGCACCACGGUAAGAAAGUUCUUCUUUUUCCUCGAUCCCCUGCGUACCGGGCGGAUUCGCAUUCGUGAUGUGCUGACCUGUAGCUUCCUGGACGAUCUGCUUGAGCUGCGCGACGAAGAGAUCCCAAAGGACGCCCAGGAGCUGAACUGGUUUUCAGCCCCGUCAGCCCUGUCGGUGUACGGACACUAUCUCAAUCUGGACAAGGACCACAACGGUAUGCUGAGCAAGAAGGAACUGAUUGGCUACGGUUCCGGUACGCUGACACCGAUCUUUCUCGAUCGCGUGUUCGCGGAGUGUCUUACGUACGACGGCGAGAUGGACUACAAGACGUAUCUCGAUUUUGUGCUCGCACUCGAAAACCGAGCCGAACCACAGAGCCUGCACUACCUGUUUCGCAUUCUGGACGUGGAGCACAAGGGCUACCUGACGGCAUUCACGCUGAACUACUUCUUUAAAGGCAUACAGGAGGAACUGUCGGCGCACCGGGCCGAACCGAUUAACUUCGACGACGUAAAGGACGAAAUCUUCGACAUGGUCAAACCGGCCGAUCCGACACGAAUCACGUUGAAGGACCUGAUCAACUGUGGCCACGGGGAGACGGUCGUGUCGAUUCUGAUCGAGUUUCACAAGUUUUGGGCCUACGAAAACCGGGAAGUUAUGGUCACAUCGACGGGCAGUGAAGAAACACACAAUUUAUGAUCCAACGCACAGCCCGAAGACACUGCCGGAACGAUUGAUACGAGAAGCGAUCGGGAGUCGCAGGUCGCAGAUAUGGAAGAAGAUGAGUGUAGAACAGUAUUUUAGUAACACAAGAAACAUAACGACAUUCCAAUCUACCAGCUACUCCUGCCGAAAGUAUUCUAGUGGGGCUUUUGCCUCAUCGACCAAUCAACAAAACCAGUGCAUUAUUAUGAACCAUUCAUGACUGAACAAAAAGAUGCCUUUCUUUUUUUUUUUAUACUAAACUUACGCCUGAGGGUAGAGUUAACAACUUUGAAGUAUUAUAAAACAUUUGAUUAAUAAAGAAGUAGUAACGAUUU